AUGGAGGCGGCUCAAGGUUUGGUUUUGACCACUACUAAACCAGCAGCGGGAGUUAAUCCAGUGGAGAACGAACCAAAUGCAGGUGAAACUCUCCCACCUAUGAUGAAGUUGACAAUGUUCUGUGCUACAAAGGGAGAAGGCGAGAUAAGGGACUAUGAUGGCGAGGUGGCAACAGGCAUGAUAUUCAGGAACAAGGACGCGUUCAGACAGUACAUGGCGGUUCACGCAAUCAACAAGAAGUUUUGUUUCAGGAGUAGGAAAUCAGAGCCCGGGUUGAUGGUUCUUGAAUGCUGCGGAGAAGGAUGUCCUUGGAGAGUAUAUGCAGUUAAGCUGAAGGAUGCAAAGGUUUUCGAGAUAAGGAAAGUAAUCUCCGACCACUCUUGCACCAUUGACGAGCGUGGUGGCUAUCAAACGCAAGCAACCGCAACAGUUAUUGGUGAGCUCAUGAGGAGCACGUUUGGCGGGGCUUGCAAUGGGCCAAGACCACGAGAAAUAAGACAGAUGAUGCGUGGUGAUCACGAUGUCAAUAUAUCGUACUGGAAGGCAUGGCGUUCAAGGGACGUUGCCAUUGAAAAGGUCAAGGGCACCACGACCUCUUCUUACCAUCAGCUCCCAGACUAUCUGAAGCGGCUUGUUAAUGCGAAUCUGGGGACCAUCACGUCCCUUUUUACAGAAAGAGACGGGGUAGCGGAGCGUUUCAAGUACAUGUUUGUGGCAUUUGGGGCUUCUGUUCAGGGUUAUGAGUAUAUGAGGAAGGUUAUCGUUAUUGACGGUACACAUUUGAAGGGUAAGUACGCGGGUUGCUUACUUACAGCAUCUGCCCAAGAUGGCAACUACCAAAUAUUCCCGCUAGCAUAUGCAAUAGUGGAUAGUGAAAACGACUCGUCAUGGGGGUGGUUUUUUCAGCAGAUGACCACUUUUGUCAAUGGUGACGAGGGAUUGGUGUUUGUCUCUGAUAGGCACACAUCGAUAUCUAAGGGGAUUAGCAAGGGCAUUGCAUUAGUGCAUUUGAAGAGGAACAUACGGUCAAAUUUCAGAGCCAAACACUUGGAGUAUCUCGUGGCAAAGGCAGCGCGGACUUUCAGGAUGCAAGACUUCUAUACCAUUUUCAACGAGAUUCAGAGCAUGGGCGCAGCGUGCGCAGAGUACCUUCUGGGGAUCGGUUUGGAGCAUUGGGCAAGAGCACAUUUUCUUGGAAACCGUUACAAUAUCAUGACGAGCAACUUGGCGGAGUCUUGA